UUUCAUUUCCGUUUUUUUGGAAAAGAAGUAGAAGGUGGCGUUCUUUCACGGAUUUUUUUUUCUAAAUAUUUUGGUAUUGAAUUAGAGGAAAUCAUAAAGAAAAUAUAGAAAUUGAUAAAAAAGAACAAAAUUCAAGUAAAAAAUUUCAAUUCAAUCGUGUUUUUAUAAGGUGAGCCUUUAUAUUUAUCGUAAAAAAUUGAAUUGAAAAAUUGAUUUAGCGGCAUGUCUGGUUAUCGAAAGAGCCGCCAUUUUGACGAAAAAAAAUUACUAACUAAUGCAGUUUAUGUUGGAGGAUUGCCAUAUGGAGUCCGUGAGCGCGAUUUAGAGAGAUUUUUUAAGGGUUAUGGAAGGACCAGAGAUAUUCUAAUUAAAAAUGGCUACGGUUUUGUGGAAUUUGAAGAUUAUCGAGAUGCUGAUGAUGCCGUUUAUGAGUUGAAUGGGAAAGAACUGCUGGGUGAAAGAGUUGUUGUUGAACCUGCGCGGGGAACUGCGAGAGGGAGUCAUAGAGAUAGAUACGACAGAUAUGAUAGUAGACGUGGUGGUGGACGAUAUAAUGACAAAAAUAAUAAAUCAAACUCCAGGUAUGGUCCUCCUUUACGAACAGAACAUCGUUUGAUUGUUGGAAAUUUGUCAAGUCGUGUAAGCUGGCAGGACUUAAAAGAUUAUAUGAGGCAAGCUGGAGAAGUAACAUAUGCUGAUGCACAUAAGCAGAGAAGAAAUGAAGGGGUUGUUGAAUUUGCUUCAGAAUCUGAUAUGCGGACAGCAAUUGAAAAAUUGGACGAUACAGAACUAAAUGGACGACGCAUUCGAUUAAUUGAAGAUCGCCAAAGUUGGCGAAGUGGUCGUGGUGGACGUGGUCGAUCACGUUCUUCAAGUUCUCGUUCAAGAAGUCGUUCACGUAGACGUUCAUCAAGGUCUAGGUCUCGUCGUUCGACAAGAUCACGAUCAAAGUCUCGCAGUCGUUCUAAAUCACGAGGGGAUAGAUCUAAAUCAAAAUCACCAGCUAAAUCAAGAUCCAGAUCUCAUUCUAACAAAUCACGUGAUGCAUCCAAAUCUAAAUCGAAGUCACGUUCACGCUCCGCAAAAAGAGACUCACGUUCACGAUCUAGAUCUGCAAAACGUGAUUCAAGAUCACGUUCACGUUCAAAGUCACGUGAUUCAAGGGAUAGGUCUGUUUCAGAUAAAGAUAAAUCCAGAUCUAGAUCAAAUUCACCAAAUAAAAAUGGUGGAGUUUCGCCUGACAGAAAUAAUGAAAGCAUGGAAGAUUGAGUUAAUUUGUAGUUUUACAUUUAUCUGUAUUAAUGAGUGUAUAUCUGUAUAAGCGUAUAAGCGAGAAAAAUCUUUAUUGUAAAAUGAAAAUGAAAAUAAUGUAUUGACCUUUUUUUCUUACCAUUCUAAUUAAAGAAUUUGACGUUUUCAUUAAUGGAAAAACAACACAUAAAAAUAUACUUUUAAUUUAUCACUUUAAGAAAUUUGUAAUGAUUCUUUCUUUUAUCAAAAACAAAUUUUUUUAUAAAAAUAAUAAGAUAAAAAAUUUUAUUCAUUUAUGGCAAAAAUUAAUUUAACAAUAUUUAACAUAUUCCAGAAAAAUAAUAAAAUAUUUUUCACUGGCUUAAAAUUUAAGACUUAAUAAGGUGUUUUAAAAAAAUUUUUUUUUUGAAAUUUAAAGA